AUGCAGGACCAUGGAGGAGAGAGACAGGUCGCCAGCAGUCUGCCCCACAGCGUCAAGGCGAGCCUGUCGCUUUCUCCAUCGGGGCCGGGACGGGUAGGCGGUGGAGGCGGAGGUUCCCCUACGGCCAAAGUGGACUACUGCGGAGGGGUGCCAGUGGAGGACAUGCAGGCCCUGGCCAUCACGUCUCUGUCGGCAACAGACGUGGCCAAACAGUACGAGCACAUCCGGGAGCUGGGGAAGGGCACGUACGGCAAGGUGGACCUGGUGGCGCACCAAACCCAGGGCACCAAAAUGGCGCUAAAGUUUGUUACCAAGAACAAGACAAAGCUGAAGAGUUUCCUGCGGGAGUACAGUCUAACAGGCUCACUUAGCUGCAGCCCUUUCAUCAUCAAAGUCCUGGACGUGCUAUUCGAGACGGAGGACAGCUACGUGUUUGGACAAGAAUAUGCCCCCGCUGGGGACCUCUUCGAUAUCAUCCCCCCACAGGUUGGUCUGCCAGAGGAAAUGGUCAAACGCUGCAUGCAACAACUGGGCUUGGCUCUGGAUUUUAUGCACAGCAAAAACCUGGUGCAUCGGGACGUCAAGCCUGAGAAUGUGCUUUUGUUUGACCGAGAGUGCCGCCGCAUCAAGCUGGCAGACUUUGGCAUGACACGGCGGGUGGGCUGCCGUGUGAAACGGGUGAGCGGCACCAUUCCAUACACCGCACCGGAGGUGUGCCGGGCCAGUCGUUCUGAGGGAUUCCUAGUGACCACCAGUCUGGAUGUGUGGGCGUUCGGCGUGCUGGUGUUUUGUAUGCUGACGGGCAAUUUCCCCUGGGAGGCAGCGCUGCCGUCCGACGCCUUUUAUGAGGAGUUUCGGCGUUGGCAGAAAGCGGGGUGUCCCGUGGGAACCUACCCGUCUCAGUGGCGCCGCUUCACUGAUGAUGCCUUGCGCAUGUUUCAGAGGCUUCUCGCCUCCGAGCCAGAAAAACGCUGCGGAGUCAAGGACGUCUUCUGCUUUGUCAAGUAUGACCUGGUAAGCGAGCUCAGGCGCCGAGCUUCUUGCCGAGCCAAGAGAAGCGAGAGGUCAAGCACUGGAACGUGCACUGGCACGUGCACUUCCUCCUCUACCCCCUCUUCAUCGCGUUCCUCCCACCGACACCCUGAGCCCUCCACCCCUCCCGGAACCUCCUGCCUGCGCCCAGCCCCCCUCAAACGCAGCGUUCUGUCCGACCCGCUGUCUCCCAGAGAGGAGCCCGGACAGCACCAGUCACCAGGCCGAGACAAGAACAAAAGCCAGAUGGUGAUGGCAACUGCCAUCGAAAUCUGCGUGUGA